AUGAGCGAUAACGUUGAUGCUGGUGGUGUGGUUGCCGCACAGCCACUGCUCUGUCCGCUCCUGCGUAACUGGGCCAAGGGAGAGCGCCUUGCUUUUCUUGAGGGGUACAUCUCUGACUACAAGGAGGGAUUGCUUAGCAAAAAAAAGUCUGCUUCUGUUCUUGACGCCAUCGUAAACCAAUGGUUCACCCGCUUCCAUUGGUCCAUUCCACUUUCUGCCAACGAUAAUGCGACCGCCACUGUCUUCGCUCUCGACAGCCAAGGCCAUGAAAUCUUGGGUUCAGCCGACUCGAUUCUCAAGGGCCGAGUAAUUGAACGGGCGCGUACUUCUCUCUACCAUUGGUACGAAUACCGCUGCAAACGUACGACCUCGCUGCUCCCUCGUCCAUCCAAAGGGAAGAAGGAUAAUCUGACCCUCCUCGUGGAGAAAUUUCUCGGGCGUAGCGCCUCGUCGUCUAGGCGUAGCGCAGGCUGGGAGGUAUGGGGAAAGGAACAUUUCCCAUUGAUGAAGGCAGACUUUGAGGCAGAAUUCGCUGCGAGCGGUAGACCCAAAUCAGCGCGGUUGCUGGAACCAGCAGAAGCUCAAGCUGUUUACAACGAGCUGCCCAAUCUGUUCGGAACAUUAAUCCACGUCAUCGGCGAGGCAGUUGGUAUGCAUAUCACAGUCCUGAUCGGCGGUCCUGAACCGAAAAGAAAGGGGCAGCUGAACAUGGUUGGGCUCAGUAUUCAUGCCGGCGAAAACAAAGCCCCCAUCCCAAAAGUGUGGGCACAUGCCGAGAAAGAGAAAUUUGCCGCAGUCUCGGAAGUGUUCCUGACUUUUCUGUCGACCUGUUACACUGCCGAUGAGCAGCGCGCGCGUGCAUUGCCUCAACCAGUAACCGACACUGAUCCUAUGCAUGCUGGCCCAUCCUCCUCGACCCCUGCGCCAGACCCCUCCACCGAAAACUCAACCAAGCCCUCUAAUUCCUCGGGGUUAGCAGACAGUGGACGCAAGCGGAAGAGAAGCGCGGAAACGAACGUGAAGAAGGUCCAGAAGAGUCGGCUCAAGGCCAAGAAAGGUAGUAUUGCAAAGAAGAAGCCGACUAAACGCCGCAAAACGACAGCCGACGCUGAGGCAUCAGCGACCGAUUCUGCUUCGGAGGAUUCGGAUCCAGAGCACUCAGGGGAGGACGAUGACGAAGACGAGGACGAGGGGGAUGAGGAUGAGGAUGAGGACGAGGACGAAGAUCAGGACGAGGAUGAAGACGAGCCACAGACAAUGACCCGCAAAAGCACCAGGAACACAAGCAUGGAUCCGAGGCGUUGGAAGGGUGCCAAAGCUGACGUUGAUACCAUCAAGAUCAACGUCAGCACUGCCUUCCCAUCUCCAUCGAACACUUCUGCAUUGCCAUCUCCGCCGACUGCUCAUUCCUUGCCGUCCCCCCCAGUGGAUCCCCCCGUUAUCCCGCCUUGCACUCCUUCCAUGCCUGGCGGCUCGCUAUUGGCAACUUCCCCUCCACCAGCUCCUUCGUCUAACGACAGCCCGACAUCUGUCUCCGGUGCACAAGCGGAUGCUUCUUGGCCUUCGUGGUUCAAAGAUGCCCACCAACUCCUUUCCAGCCAGAAUUUGGGCCCAGAGUUUACGUUGCUUAUUGAUCAGCUGACAAAGUUUGAGAAACUCACCGACUUCGCACCAGGUGCACGCUCAGCGGGAUUCGGGUCAGACAAACGACCACCAGAGGUCCAUUAUUGGAUUUCCCGAGGACGCACGACACAGCCCAAGAUCACAAACCUCGCAGAUUUCAAAGAGAAUUGGUGGAAAUGGUGGAAGGGUUUACAACCACCAUGGAGGGCUGUGUCCGAGGUGGAAGGCUUGCUUGACCGCACUCAUCGCCCAGUCUUGACAGGUGGCCGCGAUUGGUCGGCAAUCGACAAACACGGUCGCAACGCAUUUUUCUCCAUCAUGGCGACUCUCUUGUGGUGGGGUACAGCAUCGUCAAAGCCACCAACUGAAGAUUCCAGCUGGUUGGCUGCCGUUGAAGAUGUCGGAUGGGUGCUUGACGGGCUAUUGGGUGUCGGUUCGCCGCUGGCUCCAACUUCGAAGCCAUCAAGGUCACGUCGACGCUAG